AUGGAUCCAAAAUCAAUAUCCACUUUAACUGACCAGCAGGAUUCAGAUAAAGUGGAUAUUGAUUCAAUUGAUUCAAUUGGUUCAGAGAUCGACAGAAUCAUUCGCAACUUCAAGAAGGACUCACCCAGCAGGAAAACACGUCAAUAUCUCGAAGAUCGUAAAACAACUUUAGAACAGUUAUUAGCUGACUUCAAGGCUAAUGAUGAGCGACUACAACAAGCCGAUGUACUAGCAAGAACAUCGGAAUAUUUCACACAAGAUUACGGCAUGGUAAUCAUAAAUUUGGGUAACAAAUAUAUCACCACAAUAACUCAAGAGCUGGAAGCAUUACCCCUUAAGGCUCAACCAUCAACAAUAAAGGGGUUGGACCUUCAGAUAAAUAAUGAUGUUGAAGCUCCUGAAAUAGUAUUACCUACUGGUGGUCAAGAGAAUGAAAUUAUUCAGGCAUUAGUCAACAGACGAAAUGCAGUGUGUAAAUCAAUCAAUCGUCUCAUCCACAAUGUGAGACAAGAUAACCAGCAACAGGUACCACAAUAUUUUGCAGUAAAAUUAGCUACGCUUACCAAGUUAUGGGAUCAGGCUGAAGGUUUAAAUUUUACUAUUCAGGAACGGCAAGACAACCCUCCUGAUUGCAAUCAUUAUCUAGCACUGGAACAGUUGGUGCAAGAUACAAUGGUGGAAUGGACUAGUAAGUCGACCAAGAUUGAGACAUCAAUUAGGUCAACUUAUCAACCAUCGGCUACUUUGCCAACAAUAUCUCUUCUAAAGUUCAGUGGAGAUUAUUUGAGUUGGCGACAAUUCAGUGAUCUGUUUGCACAACUGAUACACAAUCAAAGAAUAUCAGACUCACAGAAACUCUGGUAUUUGAAAACCAAUAUUCAAGGCGAAGCUGAAGCACUCAUCAAGCAUUUGCAAAUAUCAGAUGCAAAUUAUGAGACUGCAUGGCAAUUACUACAAAGUAGAUAUGAGAAUAAAAGAGUUCUAGUAUCAGCAGUUUUGCAACGUUUGACAGCUGAAAACUCUUUAUAUGACCAUCCAACAGUCCAAGCCAUUAAAAAUAUGCAUGACACAACAAAGGAAAGUCUAUGUGAACUUCAUAAUUUAAAUAUUGAAACAUCAACUUGGGAUCCAAUUUUAGUUCACAUACUACUAAAAAAGUUGGAUAAAAAUACACAUUGCAGUUUUGAACAAACUCUUACUAACCCAAGGGAGAUGCCCACAAUAAAACAAUUCUUAGAAUUUUUAGAAUUGAAAUUUCAGUCACUUGAGGCUAUAGGUCUACGAGACAAUGCAGUAUAUAAACCCAACAAAAGGAUAGCCGUAACUAUGGUUUGUUCAGAUCUAUGUAAAGUUUGUAACACAGAUAAACAUCCGAUCUACUAUUGCAAAAAAUUCAUUGAAAUGACUCCUCCUGAACGAUUAAAUUGGAUUCAACGACAAAAACUAUGUGUGAAUUGUUUCAAAUCCGAUCAUAAAGCAAAGGUUUGUGAAGCUGGAUCAUCAACAACUAAUGCAAAGGGUACUCGUAAUUACGUUCUGCUAGCCACUGCAAAGGUGCGCAUUAUUGCAAACAAUGGACGAACGUGUGAUGUUCGUGCCAUACUCGACUCAGGUUCUCAAGUGAACCUAGUAACCCAAAGAGUAAUCAACAAGUUAUCUUUAAUUACCACAAAUUCAAAUCUAUCGAUCGAAGGUAUUGGCCGUCAAUUCGGGAACUCAAAAUCUCGCGUAAAUGUUGAACUGCAGGCUACUAAUGGAAGCUUCAGGACGAGACUAGAGGCAUUUGUAUUGCCACAGAAAAUAUCAGCACAACCGUCACGAGACCUAGAUAUUUCGGAUUGGCAGAUCCCACAGAAUGUAGAAUUAGCAGACCCCAGCUUUAACAGAUCUGGAAGAAUUGACAUGCUGAUUGGUGCUGAAUUCUUUCAUACUCUACUUCAACCAGAACAAUUGAUAAUAGGAAAGAAUUCGCCACUGUUACAAAAUUCGGUUCUAGGUUGGUUGAUGGUUGGUAAGACUAAAACUACAACAGAUAUUAAACCAACAUGCGCUAUUACUACAGGAGAAGUUGGUGAAAUGUCAGAAAUGAUAGAACGAUUUUGGAAGUUAGAUAACAUUGAGACUGCAGAAAGGGUUUUGACUUUAUCUGAGAAAUGGUGUGAAAAUCACUUUACAAAUCAUGUAAAGACAAAUCACGAUGGUCGUUUCAUUGUACGCUUACCUUUCCGCGAAGAUCCCACAACACUUGGUAGAUCGCGUGAGAUAGCAUUCAAUCGAUUUUGUUCUCUGGAAAGGAAGUUACAAAGGGACCCAAAUUUAUACAAGGAGUACAUAAAGUUCAUGGAUGACUACGAGUCAUUAGGUCACAUGGAAAAGGUUUGCCCGAAAGAUGUCAAAGGAGCACAAUAUUUCAUUCCUCAUCAUUGUGUCUUGAAACCUGACAGCACUACAACCAAAUUGAGAGUUGUCUUUUAUGCAUCAGCAAAAACAUCAAGCGGUUUAGCACUAAACGAUAUUUUGCACAAAGGUCCAACAGUGCAAAGUGAUCUUUUUUCAAUACUGUUGCGUUUUAGAAUACACCGGUUUGUAUUUACGGCUGAUAUUGAGAAAAUGUACCGGCAAAUUCAAGUACAUGAUGAAGAUACAGCACAGCAGCUGACAAUCUGGAGAAAAAGUGCUGAUGAUAGUAUACAAUAUUACCGACUAAAAACGGUUACAUAUGGAACGAAGUCAGCCCCUUAUCUUGCAACAAAAUGUCUUCAACACCUUGCGAAACAUAAUAUGACCAACUAUCCGCUUGGAGCACCUGCAUUACUUAAUGAUUUUUAUGUAGAUGACUGUUUAAGCGGAACUAACAGCAUCAUUACCGCCUUAGACACUCAACAACAACUUACGGAACUGCUCAGUAAAUCAGGAUUUAAGCUGAGGAAAUGGUGCUCAAAUAAUACACGACUCCUACAAAACAUUCCGAUAGAAGACCAAGAAAUCAACCUUGAUUUAGAUGACUCAGCCAUAAAGCCAACAAAAACAUUAGGCAUUAUUUGGCUCCCGAAAUCAGACGAAUUUUGCGGAAAGGCAGAGAUGUCAUCAGAGCAACCUAUCACGAAGCGGAUUGUGGCAUCGGACUUAGCUCGAAUUUUUGAUCCUUUGGGAAUUUUUGGCCCCAUUACUGUAACAGCUAAAAUAUUCAUGCAGGAAUUGUGGCAACAAAACUAUUCCUGGGAUGCGGAACUGUUACCUCAGGCUCAGCUAGAAUGGAAGCGUUUUAGAAAUGACUUACAAACAUUAAAUACUGUGAAAGUACCCAGACAUAUUUUUAAUUCGACGGUUCCCUGUUCGAUUCAAUUACACGUGUUUACGGAUGCAUCAGAGAAGGCAUAUGGAGCAGCUAUGUACGUGCGAGCAAUAUAUAAUGAUAAGACAAUAACAUCGAGACUAUUGUGCGCCAAAUCUAGAAUAACACCAUUAAAGAAACAGACACUUCCACGACUAGAACUCUGCGCAGCAUUGCUGGGAGUCGAAUUAGCAGAAAGAGUUAAACAAGAUUUAAAGUAUCAAAACGUGCCAACCUACUUUUGGUCCGAUUCCGAAAUUGUUUUGUCAUGGAUACUAUCUUCAUCUGCCUCAUUGCACACAUUCGUAGCAAAUCGUAUUAGCAAAAUUCAAGAGAUGUCACUUGCUGAUCAAUGGCAUCAUGUGGCGUCAAAGGAUAAUCCUGCUGACAUCAUUUCCAGAGGAAUGAAAGUUAAAAUGUUCAAUUAUUCACAUAUAUGGUUUUUUGGUCCACUCUUCCUUCAUGGAGGCAACGAAUUUUGGCAACAGCCAAACCCAAAGGCAUUUAACAUCUCAACCGAUAUCGAAAGACGACAAGGACAUACAGUUAACAUUAUCAUUCAAACAACUGGUUCUGAUCACAUGAUAAAUCAAAUUGAUCAUCGAAACUCAUUCAGAUACCUCCAAAGAACAAUUGGUUAUGUUCGCCGUGUAUUUCAUCGCACACAAUCACCAACAAGAACACUUUCUCCAAAGGAAUUACGAGAUGCAUUAGUCUUCAUAAUUAAAACUAUUCAGGGCUCAGAAUUUGCAAAGGAAAUCUCUGACUUAAAACAAUGUAAAGCAAUCAACAGUUCGAGUCAACUAAAUAUUUUAGCACCGUUCAUUGACGAACAAGGUGUACUUCGUGUUGGAGGAAGGCUUGAAGCAUCAACAUUGCCAUAUGAUGCUAAACACCCAAUGGUAAUUCCUUACAAUCACUCAAUAGUGAAAUUGAUGUUCAAAAUGAAACAUGAAGAAAAUUCCCAUUGUGCCCCACAAUUAUUGCUAAGCACAAUGAGACAAAACUUCUGGCCGAUUAAAGGAAAGAUUAUGGCGCGAAACAUUGUUCACACCUGUGUCAUCUGUUCAAAGGCAAAACCAAAACUGAUUGACCAACUCAUGGGCAAUUUACCGACUGAUCGAGUUACUCUGACUAAACCAUUUUUUACCACAGGAGUUGAUUACUGUGGUCCGAUAUGGAUUCAUUAUAAAAUUAGAGGAAAAAGGCCAACAAAGGCAUAUUUAGCAGUAUUUUGCUGUUUCGCGACUAAGGCUGUUCACCUAGAAGUGGUGAGUGACCUGACAACAGAGGCAUUCAUAGCCGCUAUUCAACGUUUUAUCAGCAGAAGAGGAAGAUGCCAAACAAUUUAUAGUGACAAUGCGACUAACUUUGUUGGGGCGAGAAACCAACUACAAGAGCUCCAGUCUACCACUUAUUCAGAAAAUGGUAAAGAAAAGAUCAUUAAGACCAGUAGUAACAAGGGAAUUGACUUCAAAUUCAUUCCACCAAGAGCUCCUCAUUUUGGAGGACUCUGGGAAGCUGCCGUCAAGUCAGCUAAACAUUUAAUGAUUAAAGGAAUUUUCAACGCUUCAUUGACUUAUGAAGAAUUGACAACAGUCAUAACUGAAAUAGAAGCCAUGUUAAAUUCAAGGCCAAUAACAAAAAUGUCAUCCGAUCCAAAUGAUCUAACAGCGCUUACACCAGGACACUUUCUCAUAGGCGAACCACUUACCACUAAUGUGGAUCCCUAUCAAAAGGAGAGCCGAAUGAGUUUAUCAUCACGAUGGCGUCUAGUUUCUGAACUCAAACAAGAAUUCUGGAGAAGAUGGUCAAAGGAAUAUCUCAAUGAACUCCAAUCAAGGUACAAAUGGAAACAACAAAAGGCAAAUCUAUGCCAAGAACAAUCAAUUUUAGAAGAAAAAUCUGUGAAUCAUAAUGCAUAUUAA